CAAUGCUCCCUGCUCAUACCCGACAAUGUCACUCUUCAACGCUGUACUAUCCUUAACCCCUCCACACUUCUGCCAAUUCCUGAAGGGGGGGUAGAUGGAAGUACCUAUGACAGUAUGACGGAAGCAAUAGAUUCACAUGACUGUUUUGAACUUAUGCAACAGGAAACGUCACAUCUUCCCACUGUUAGUACACAUCCUUUAGAGAAUCCUACUAUGUUUGUAGAUGGGUCAUGAUUUGCAGAUGACACAGGCAAGUUCCAUGUUGGUUACGCUGUAACCACCACCGACACUGUGCUAAAAGCUGAAUCUCUACCUCCGUCAUUUUCAGCCCAGGAAGCGGAGUUAAAGGCCCUUACAGCUGCAUGCCAAUUGGCUGAAGGAAAACGUGUUAAUAUCCACACGGACUCCCGUUAUGCCCAAGGUGUGGCUCUGGAUUUUGGUGUCAUCUGGAAAACCAGAGGAUACUUGACAGCCACAGGAACGCCCAUAAAACAUGGAAAAUCCGUUGCUGACCUUAUGACUGCAUUAUUGCUCCCUGAACAGGUAGCCAUCCUAAAGGUCAAGGCUCACGGAAGACUAGCCUCCCCUGAAGCACUCGGAAAUCACCUGGCUGACCAAACAGCGAAAAUGGCAGCCCUUGCCCCGUGCAGGACUUGACAAUUGAUGUCGGGGCCGAUUCCAAAGACAUGACUCCACUCCUGCAAGUGGGAUUCAUAGACAACAUAGAAAUGCUAAAAACUUACCAAGCAAAUGCAAGUAAGGAAGAGACGAAUGGGUGAUUGGGAAAGGGUGCUACGUUCAAGGACGGUGUAUACACGAAUAACAAGAGAGUGUGUAUACCCAGAAGAAUCUACCCAGCACUGGUUCAGUGGGCCCAUUGCCCCGCCCACAUUUCUAAAAAUUUGAUGAACAAUUUGAUAUCAAAGACUUAUUUCGCUCCUGGCAUCACCACCUUCACCCGGAAUUAUACAGCAUCCUGCGCAAUCUGCGCCAAAUGCAACCCAGGACGUCUAGAGAAAACUCCGAACAUGCAUCUGGCAAAACCUCUGUACCCCUUCCAGCGUAUACAGAUUGACCACAUUCAAAUGCCAAAGAGUGGGAGGUUUGAGUACGUUCUUGUGAUUGUCGACAUGUUCUCAGGAUGGCCGGAAGCAUAUCCCGUGGCCAAUAUGACAGCAAUCACCACCGCUAAGAAAUUACUUACCGAAAUUGUGUGCCGCUAUGGUGUCCCGGAAGUCAUAGAGAGUGACCAGGGUCCAGCGUUCACCGCUACCGUCACUAAGGAAAUUUGGACUGCUCUCGGGGUCACCCUCCAUUUCCAUACUCCCUACCAUCCUCAGAGUAGUGGAAAAGUAGAGCAUCCAUCUCUUGACACAGGGGCACAAACUCAGCAGCCAGGAGAUUGGGUUUUGGUCAAGAAAUUUGGGCGGAACACAUUGCCAUCCCAAAAGAAACUCUCUUAA